UACGAGAAUCUCUGUAUCUCAUUUGAUUUUAUUAUUCUGCGGCAUACAAAUAUCUCCAUGAUGCAAUUGGUAGAAACAUAAAUUUUGAUUAGAUAGGUGGGAACUGGAAGAGAGGUUGUUUGAUUGCUUAAUCGUGUUAGGCUGUGAUAUGAAUGGGAUAAUAUCAUUCUCUUAGCUAUGUUAAAACUAGGAGUGUGAUUGACCCUUCAAUUCAGAUCACGAUGAUCCUUUGAAGACUACUGACCAGACAAGACGCCUUGGUUUAAUUGUUUGCCGUGGAACAGCGGUCAUGCUUGUCUCACCAACCGAUGGCACUGAAGAAAUCGCUAACCCAUUUGUUCAACCAGAAGCCGUCUAAAUACUUUCUCCCCAGACAUUAUGUCUCCCUAUUAGUUUAACUUGGCCAUUUAGAGAGAGUAUUUUGUAUCUGACUAUCUGGUGUGAUGUUGGAAACAUAUAUGUAUCUUUGUUACCAAACUUGAAUUUAGUAGCUUUGUCAAAUCUCAUUUCAGUCUUCUGACAUCAUCCCACUGUAUAAAUUCGGUUAUCUAUACCCAAAAUUCCAAAACAAGAUUCGAACUAAACCGGAAAAUCAAAUGUCCAAGUUUGUUUUGAGGCUCCCGGAGUUGUUUGCAUAGUUUAUGGUGGAGUCAGUAACGGCAAAACUCAUACUUUUUGGACCAGUCCUCACUUUACGUUGUUCUUACAGCUCCACCACCGAUCAAGCUCUUCUUCUUAACGAAUUUACCAGACUCUGUUACCAGAGAGACCUUCCCAGAGCUCUAAAAGUAAUGGAUUCGUUACAAAGUCAUGGUCUUUGGGCAGACUCUGCAACUUAUUCUGAGCUUAUCAAGUGUUGCUUAUCUCAUAGAUCUGUUCAUGAAGGGAAUCUCAUUUGUCGUCAUUUAUAUUACAAUGGUCAUCAACCAAUGAUGUUUCUGGUUAAUGUUCUGAUCAAUAUGUAUGUAAAGUUCAAUCUUUUGAAUGAUGCUCACCAACUGUUCGACCAAAUGCCUGAAAGGAAUGUUAUUUCUUGGACUACAAUGAUUUCUGCUUAUUCUAAGUGCAAGCUUCAUCAAAAGGCUUUAGAGCUUUUGGUUUUGAUGUUGAGAUAUAGUGUGAGGCCUAAUGUGUAUACUUAUUCCUCUUUGUUGAGAGCUUGCAACGGGAUGUUUGAUGUAAGAAUGCUUCAUUGUGGGAUUAUCAAGGAGGGUUUGGAGUCUGAUGUUUACGUUAGGAGUGCUUUGAUUGAUGUGUUUGCUAAACUAGGUGAGCCUGAGGAUGCUCUUUCGGUUUUCGAUGAAAUGGUUACUGGUGAUGCCAUUGUUUGGAAUUCGAUUAUUGGUGGGUUUGCUCAGAAUAGUAAAAGUGAUGUAUCUUUGGAACUUUUUAAGAGGAUGAAGAGAGCUGGUUUUAUUGCCGAGCAGGCUACAUUGACUAGUGUAUUGAGGGCUUGUACUGGUUUGGCUCUUUUAGAGCUUGGGAUGCAAGCUCAUGUUCAUAUUGUGAAGUAUGACCAAGACUUGAUACUCAACAACGCACUCGUUGACAUGUAUUGCAAAUGUGGGAGUUUGGAUGAUGCUCGACGUGUGUUCAGCCAAAUGAAGGAAAGAGAUGUGAUUACUUGGAGCACUAUGAUUUCAGGGUUGGCGCAUAAUGGUUAUAGUCAGGAGGCUCUGAAGUUGUUUGAAUCCGUGAAAUCUUCUGAGACAAAGCCAAACUAUGUUACGAUUGUCAGAGUUCUCUUUGCUUGCAGCCACGCGGGACUUCUGGAAGAUGGUUGGUAUUACUUUAGAUCAAUGAAGAAACUUUAUGGGAUUGAUCCAGUGAGGGAACAUUACGGCUGCAUGAUUGAUCUGUUAGGAAAAGCUGGAAAGCUCGACGAUGCAGUGAAGCUGUUAAAUGAAAUGGAGUGUGAGCCAGAUGCUGUUACCUGGAGAACUCUACUUGGUUCUUGUAGGGUUCAAGGAAACAUGGUCCUAGCUGAAUAUGCAUCUAAAAAGGUCAUAGAACUCGAUCCUGAGGAUGCAGGAACUUACAUAGUGUUGUCUAACAUAUAUGCAAACUCUCAGAAAUGGGACAGUGUUGAAGAAAUCUGGACACGCAUGAGAGACAGUGGAAUCAAGAAAGAACCUGGAUGUAGCUGGAUCGAAGUAAACAAAAAGAUUCAUGCUUUCAUCAUUGGUGAUGAUUCUCACCCACAGAUAAUUCAAGUCAAGAAGAAGCUGAACCAAUUGAUCCAUAGACUCAUUGGUAUUGGUUAUGUUUCUAAAACAAACUUUGUGCUACAAGAUCUUGAAGGAGAACAGAUGGAAGAUUCUCUUAGACAUCACAGUGAGAAACUAGCUUUAGUCUUUGGCUUGAUGACAUUACCUAGUGAGAAAGUCAUUAGGAUCAGAAAGAAUCUGAGGAUAUGUGGGGAUUGUCAUGUGUUCUGCAUGCUCGUUUCAAAGCUUGAAAACCGCAGCAUCGUUAUAAGAGACUCGAUCCGUUGCCAUCAUUUCCAGGAUGGCAAGUCUUCUUGUGGUGACUACGGGUAA